GGUCCUUCGGCGCUGAGGUCAGGAGGGUGUUUGUUGCGGUGUCUCCUCCAUAUCGUCCUACACCGGCCCCUGACAAAUUUACUCUUGUUUUUAUAAGUUAACACCGACAACAACACUAAAAAUCGGCAUCAUGGCAGUCCCCCCCGCAUACGUAGACCUCGGGAAAUCAGCAAAGGAUAUCUUCAAUAAGGGAUACGGUUUUGGACUGGUCAAACUUGAUGUGAAGACAAAGUCCACUACUGGUGUGGAAUUUAAAACGUCUGGUUCAUCCAACACUGACACCAGCAAAGUCACUGGAACCCUGGAAACCAAAUACAAAUGGGCUGAAUAUGGGCUGACGUUCACAGAGAAGUGGACGACAGAAAACACACUGGGCACAGAGAUCUGCGUCGAGGACCAGAUCACCAAAGGCCUGAAACUCACCUUCGACACUACAUUUUCACCAAACACUGGGAAAAAGAGUGGCAAGGUCAAGACGGCCUAUAAACGGGAGUAUGUGAACGUGGGCGUGGACGUAGAUUUAGAUUUUGCCGGUCCGACUAUCCACGGAGCAGCGGUGGCUGGGUAUGAAGGAUGGCUGGCCGGAUACCAGAUGACCUUUGACUCGGCCAAGUCCAAGAUGACCCAGAGCAACUUCGCAAUCGGCUACAAGACCGGAGACUUCCAGCUCCACACCAAUGUGAAUGAUGGUUCAGAGUUUGGCGGAUCCAUUUAUCAGAAGGUGAACGAUAAACUGGAGACCGCUGUGAAUCUGGCCUGGACUGCAGGCACUAAUGGUACUCGCUUUGGCAUCGCUGCUAAAUACCAGCUGGACUCCGACGCCUCCAUAUCUGCUAAAGUGAAUAAUGCCAGCUUGGUAGGAAUUGGAUACAGCCAGACUCUGAGGCCUGGUAUGAAACUUCUCCUGUCUGCGCUGGUGGAUGGAAAGAACAUCAACGCCGGAGGCCACAAACUGGGUCUGGGCCUAGAGUUGGAGGCAUGAACGUCUGCGCAGAGAAGACGAAUAUUAGCAGAAACAGAUAUUUUAAAGUGAGAUACGAAGCCAAGUUCAAAUCAAAGCCCAGUUCUCAAAGCACUUUCCAGACAGAAACCUUUUCCACUGACCUCCUUCACUCGCGUUUCAGUCACUUUUCUGCCAAUUCAUCGUCUUUGUCGUGUUCAAAGUUGGCUUCUUAAUUUUGACAAUCCAGAAGUGGUUCCCAAAAGUUAUUUUGCUGAAGUGUGAUGCUGUAGAAUGUAACUCUAAGCUCAUUUUGCACAGUAGAACAUACUUUUAUUUAAGCUUUUCCUCUUUUAUUUGCACAUUUUAUUGUAACCAGGUAGUGGCGUUCUGAAAGGGUUACUCCUCCGGAUGUUGAUGCCAACCUGCUGGAUAGAGGUUUAACCAUGCUGUGAGUUUCAGACCUCUCCUACCUUCAACACCUGCGUCUAAGUUGCUAAAUGGGUUUUCUUUUCUUCAGUAUGACUCGAGUGAAUCAUAAUCAGAGUGAAACAUCGACCUUUCUGCACAUUUUUUUUGAGGACUGUGACAUGAAUCAGGAACAAUAUCACUGUUUGUGUGUUGGCGUGUCUACCUUUGCAAUAAAGUUUUGAAAUCCAGCUUUA